AUGAAUUCCAGCUCUGAUGAUGUCCAUCAGAUGAUGGACAAAAACUCAGCCCGUUUCCGCCCGAGCGAGGGAGGAUGUCUCGUGGACUACAUCAACCUGAACGUCGUACUAAAGCCAAAUAGCUGUUAUACAAUAGGAUUAAGCCGUCCUCUUCUGGUGAGAUCAGCCUACAAAUCUCUUCUUCAUUCACUUUCAUACGAAAUGAAGCUCUCCCCAACACUGUUGUUUCAGGAGACGCAUCAGAACCCAGUUGCCCUUCGUGUCUAUAAGUGA